AUGCUUGCUUUCCCUGGCGGUCUCGCAUGGGUCGGGCACGAACAGGUGCAGACGCAAGAGCUGGCGACUGCGUUGGUGCAGGCACUUCUUAACGACCAGGAGGUGGUGAGAGCCGGCGCUCUCUUUCUGAGGGAGGCAUCUGCAAACCCGGAGACCCAGGCGGCCUUGGUCAGCCUCGCCCUGUACGUCCUGCAGCACCCCGAUACCCGAGCGGAAACCAAAGUGCUGGCCAAGAAGCUGAUCAAGGCUAUCCUAGAUGAUCCGGACACAGUGUUGCAGGUGACGGAUAUGGUCCUGAAGGUUAUCAGAACCCCGCAGUUCCGACAAGGCGCAUCGGAGCUCGUCGUAGCCCUGGGACAAAGCCAAGAGGUGUAUGGUGCCGUGGUCGAUCUUGCCUCGAGGGUCAUACAGGACCCCAAGGUGCAGGCUACCCUCAGCACGGUCCUGUCUGCGUCCUCCCGUGAGGUUCUGCAAGACCAGGUCGUCUUCGACCACUCGAAGGUCUUCGUGGCUCAGGUGUGGCAGGGCAGGACCAUCUUGUUUUCACUCACUAAAUCGCGCGUUAAACAAAUAUUUACAGCCACAUGGAUGUACCGAGGUAUCCCAGGAGGAACGUUUUGUGAUUGCAUAUUUGGGUCUGAUGCUUGCUGUGGUCCUCAUACAAACGCACGGUGUAGCUCUCCCCAGCACCGUAGGUAG